AUGCUUGGCUCAGGGAUGAACUUGAUUACUACAAUUAUAGGGUUCGGGAUGAGUGUCACUUUCAUUUUGUUUGUCUGCACCAGACUGAUCUGUGGGAGGCUCCGGCGGGCCGACGAAUCCAGGAGGAUGUUUGAGAUUGAUCUUGAACAGCCACAACAUCAGAAUACUGGCCUUGAACCAGCUGUUGUUGCUGCAAUUCCUACGGUGAAGUUCAACCGUGAGGUUUGCAGUUCUCUGGAAGCUGCACAGUGCACAAUAUGUUUGGGAGAAUAUCAAGAGAAAGAAGUAUUGAGGAUCAUGCCUAAAUGUGGCCACAAUUUUCAUCUCUCUUGCAUUGAUGUAUGGCUAAAGAAACACUCUACCUGUCCAGUUUGCCGACUGCCCUUACAGGGCUCCUUUGAAGCAAAACGUGUAAGACCGGCAGCACUUUCUGGGAUAUACAGCUCUGUCGAGAGCCCAGAGAUUUUAACUGAGCAUUCUCCGCAAUGGCUGCUACCCAGUGCUGAGCAUUCAGAAGGGAGUAGUGGUCAGCAAGGGCACAUUGCAUCCAUAAGUGGAAACCGAGAAUUCAGUCCUGAAGAAGCAGAGACAAGACAACGACAGAGGCAAAGCUAUGUGUGUUCCUAGGCAAAGUGUUCGUAGUCCAUACUAAAUGAAGUUCUGCUGUCACGUUACAUCCGAAAUGUGUACAGGUUUCCAAAAGUUGAAAGGUCUAUGAUAAGAUGGGUAUGUGCACCUUGACCUCCUUGAGUUGGUAGUCUAAGGUGACUGAAUCAUGGAGAUAACUUCCUAGUAGUUUCAGAGAGUUUGUAAAGCACCCAGAUUAUAACGGGGAUCUUAUUCGAGCUCACAACAUGGUUUCAUUUAUUGGGGCGACUCAUCAGUGUCAUAGACCGGGUGAAUCUUUUACAAACCGUUUCUCAGGGUUUUGUAUAGUAUUUAAAUCAAUCUGUACAUAUAAAAGUUAUAACAAGUAGUAUUGUAGCAUCCAUUAAUUUCUUUUCCUGGUAUAAAGUUCAUUUACCAAACAGGUAAAUAAAGUAGCAGAUAAGCAGGCUUGUCGAGUAUGUCUUGUAUCAUUUCACAAUGAUUAGUGGCUCUUCAGAUUGUUCACUCUGGAUCCUGUUCAA